ACGUUUAGCUUCUAUCUCCGCCAGUGUUCAAGGACCUGCCUACUUACCCGUUUUAGAUCGGUGGGUGAAAAAAAUAGUUGGAUAGAAAAAGAAAGACAGAAGGUGAGGGGUUUUGUGUGAGUUUAGCGGAGAGAGCGAGAGAAACUGAGAGUCAGCAGCAAGCGAGAUACAGUGAAGCCCGUGUUGACCGUUAAUUUCAUCCACACCGUCUUGGUCGUGCGCUAUACGGUAACAACAUACUGCUGCAACAUCACCUCCGGUCCACCGCCUAGUACCGUACCGGUAAAACACAGGAACCCGAGGAAGUAUAAUCCAUGCCUACUUUCGACAUGGACCCGUAUGACGGAGAUGAAAACGAUUAUAUGCCUCAGGAAGAUGACUGGGACCGGGAUAUGCUGUUGGACCCGGCGUGGGAGAAGCAGCAGAGAAAGACGUUCACGGCCUGGUGCAACUCCCACCUGAGGAAAGCAGGAACGCAGAUCGAGAACAUCGAGGAGGACUUCAGGGACGGACUGAAACUCAUGCUGCUGCUUGAGGUCAUAUCAGGAGAGCGCUUGGCCAAACCAGAGAGAGGGAAGAUGAGAGUUCACAAGAUCUCCAACGUCAACAAAGCUCUCCACUACAUCACCAGUAAAGGAGUCAAGCUGGUGUCCAUCGGAGCUGAGGAGAUCGUCGACGGCAACGCUAAAAUGACCCUGGGAAUGAUCUGGACCAUAAUCCUUCGCUUCGCCAUCCAGGACAUCUCUGUGGAAGAAACAUCAGCUAAAGAGGGUCUUCUUCUGUGGUGCCAGAGGAAGACUGCUCCUUACAAGAACGUCAACAUUCAGAACUUUCACAUUAGCUGGAAAGAUGGGUUGGGAUUCUGUGCUCUCAUUCACAGACACCGUCCAGAGCUCAUUGACUAUGGCAAGCUACGCAAGGAUGACCCCAUGACCAACCUGAACACAGCCUUUGACGUGGCAGAGAAGUACCUGGACAUUCCCAAGAUGUUGGACGCUGAGGAUAUCGUGGGCACGGCCCGCCCGGAUGAGAAGGCCAUCAUGACCUACGUAUCUAGCUUCUACCACGCCUUCUCUGGUGCUCAAAAGGCGGAGACGGCGGCCAAUAGGAUCUGCAAGGUGUUGGCUGUCAACCAGGAGAAUGAGCAGCUGAUGGAGGACUACGAGAAGCUGGCUAGUGACCUCUUGGAGUGGAUCCGGCGCACCAUCCCGUGGCUGGAGAACCGUGCUCCAGAGAACACCAUGCAGGCGAUGCAGCAGAAGCUGGAGGACUUCAGGGACUAUCGGCGUCAACACAAACCCCCAAAGGUCCAGGAGAAGUGCCAGCUGGAGAUCAACUUCAACACCCUGCAGACCAAGCUGAGGCUGAGCAACAGGCCUGCCUUCAUGCCCUCUGAGGGGAAGAUGGUGUCGGACGUGUCUAACGCGUGGGGCGGCCUGGAGGCGGAGAAGGGUUAUGAGGAGUGGCUCCUUAACGAGAUACGUCGGCUGGAGAGACUCGACCACCUGGCGGAGAAGUUCCGUCAGAAAGCAGCCAUCCACGAAGCCUGGACGGAAGGUAAGGAGGAGAUGCUGCAGGCGCGGGACUUUGAGACGGCCUCUCUGUCUGAGAUCAAGGCUCUGCUGAAGAAACACGAGGCCUUCGAGAGCGACCUGGCCGCGCACCAGGACCGCGUAGAGCAGAUAGCUGCCAUCGCUCAGGAGUUAAAUGAGCUAGACUACUAUGACUCCCUCAGUGUGAACAGUCGAUGCCAGAGGACAUGUGACCGAUGGGACGCCCUAGGAGCCCUGACCCAGAAACGCAGCGAAGCUCUGCAGAGAACUGAGAAGCUUCUGGAGACCAUAGACCAGUUGUAUCUGGAGUUUGCCAAGCGAGCUGCUCCGUUCAACAACUGGAUGGAGGGAGCCAUGGAAGAUCUGCAGGACACGUUCAUAGUUCACACCAUAGAGGAGAUACAGGUUAGUACUGUAGAGGAGAUACAGGUUAGUACUGUAGAGGAGAUACAGGUUAGUACUGUAGAGGAGAUACAGGUUAGUACCGUAGAGGAGAUACAGGUUAGUACCGUAGAGGAGAUACAGGUUAGUACCGUAGAGGAGAUACAGGUUAGUACUGUAGAGGAGAUACAGGUUAGUACUGUAGAGGAGAUACAGGUUAGUACCAUAGAGGAGAUACAGGUUAGUACCAUAGAGGAGAUACAGGUUAGUACCAUAGAGGAGAUACAGGUUAGUACCAUAGAGGAGAUACAGGUUAGUACCAUAGAGGAGAUACAGGUUAGUACCAUAGAGGAGAUACAGGUUAGUACCGUAGAGGAGAUACAGGUUAGUACUGUAGAGGAGAUACAGGUUAGUACCGUAGAGGAGAUACAGGUUAGUACCAUAGAGGAGAUACAGGUUAGUACUGUAGAGGAGAUACAGGUUAGUACUGUAGAGGAGAUACAGGUUAGUACCGUAGAGGAGAUACAGGUUAGUACCGUAGAGGAGAUACAGGUUAGUACCAUAGAGGAGAUACAGGUUAGUACCAUAGAGGAGAUACAGGUUAGUACUGUAGAGGAGAUACAGGUUAGUACCAUAGAGGAGAUACAGGUUAGUACCGUAGAGGAGAUACAGGUUAGUACCGUAGAGGAGAUACAGGUUAGUACCAUAGAGGAGAUACAGGUUAGUACCAUAGAGGAGAUACAGGGUCUGAGUACAGCCCACGAGCAGUUUAAAGCCACUCUCCCUGAUGCGGAUAAGGAACGCGGUGCCAUCCUGGGCAUUCACAGUGAGAUCGCCAAGAUAGUGGCCACCUAUCAUGUGAACAUGGCUGGUACCAACCCUUACACCACCAUCAACCCUCAGGACAUCAACGCCAAAUGGGACAAGGUGAGACAGCUGGUUCCCCAGAGGGACCAGGCUCUGAUCGAAGAGCACGCCCGGCAGCAGAACAACGAGCGUCUCCGCAGGCAGUUCGCCAACCAAGCCAACGUCAUCGGGCCCUGGAUCCAGACCAAGAUGGAGGAGAUUGGUCGUAUCUCCAUCGAGAUGCACGGAACCCUGGAGGAUCAGCUGACCCACCUCCGCCAAUACGAGAAGAACAUCGUCAACUACAAGCCAAAGAUCGACCAAUUGGAGGGAGACCACCAACUGAUUCAGGAAGCUCUCAUCUUCGACAACAAGCACACCAACUACACCAUGGAGCAUAUCCGUGUGGGCUGGGAGCAGCUCUUGACCACCAUCGCCAGAACCAUCAACGAGAUCGAGAACCAGAUUCUGACGCGGGACGCCAAGGGCAUCAGCCAGGACCAGAUGAACGAGUUCAGAGCCUCCUUCAACCACUUCGACAGGGACCACUCGGGCACUCUGGGGGCUGAGGAGUUCAAGGCCUGCCUGAUCAGUCUGGGCUUUGAUAUCGCCAACGAUGCACAGGGUGAAGCGGAGUUCUCUCGCAUCAUGAGCAUCGUGGAUCCCAACCGGGUGGGCGUGGUCACGUUCCAGGCCUUUAUUGAUUUCAUGUCCCGAGAGACGGCCGAUACUGACACCGCUGACCAGGUCAUGGCCUCCUUCAAGGUCCUGGCUGGGGACAAGAACUUCAUCAUGGCUGAUGAGCUUCGUCGUGAGUUGCCUCCUGAUCAGGCAGAGUACUGCAUCGCCCGCAUGGCGCCCUACUCCGGCACCGACGCCGUCCCCGGCGCCCUGGACUACAUGUCCUUCUCCACCGCACUCUACGGAGAGAGUGACCUCUGAGUGACCUUUGGAUGACCUUUGACCCCUGACCUGGGAGGUUACGACCUAUGAGGUCGCUCACCAGUCUACCUGCUCUCUCCACCGCCCACAAGACCCUCCUACUGCGCUCCCAGUGAGCACAAGACGUUGACAAAACGUCCUUUUGUUUGAAAAGACGUCAAAAAUACAUAUUUCUGGUUGAAAAUAUGUCAUUUUUUGGUAAAAAUAUGUUUAAAAAAAAUCUGUAUUUUUGUUUGAAAAGACAUCAACAUCUUGUUCUCACUGGGCCACAUCACUACAGCCCUGCUCUAGUCUGGGUCCCAGAUCUGUUGGUGAUGUCUUACCAUACCGUCACUCAUCGUUGUCACGCCAGUUUGCCAAAACAUCACAAGACAGAUCUGGCAUCAGGCUAACUCUGCUCUACAGCGCUCAAAACAGAACAGACAGAUCUGGCAUCAGGCUAACUCUGCUCUACAACACUCAAAACAGAACAGACAGAUCUGGCAUCAGGCUAACUCUGCUCUACAGCGCUCAAAACAGAACAGACAGAUCUGGCAUCAGGCUAACUCUGCUCUACAGCGCUCAAAACAGAACAGACAGAUCUGGCAUCAGGCUAACUCUGCUCUACAGCGCUCAAAACAGAACAGACAGAUCUGGCAUCAGGCUAACUCUGCUCUACAGCGCUCAAAACAGAACAGAUAGAUAUGGCAUCAGGCUAACUCUGCUCUACAGCGCUCAAAACAGAACAGACAGAUCUGGCAUCAGGCUAACUCUGCUCUACAGCGCUCAAAACAGAACAGAGAUAUGGCAUCAGGCUAACUCUGCUCUACAGCGCUCAAAACAGAACAGAUAGAUCUGGCAUCAGGCUAGCUCUGCUCUACAGCGCUCAAAACAGAACAGAUAGAUAUGGCAUCAGGCUAACUCUGCUCUACAGCGCUCAAAACAGAACAGAUAGAUAUGGCAUCAGGCUAGCUCUGCUCUACAACACUCAAAACAUGUUUCUAUGUUGCUGGCCUUAUAUUAUAUGCCAUUGUCAUCCUGUCUGCCACUUUCUCCUCUUUCACCCCUUCCACCCCUUCCACCUUCCACCUCCACUGCCCUUACCUUCCUACAUUGAAUUUGCCCCUAGACGCUGAUCUUGGGUCAAUUUAGCAUUUCCCCCGCUAAUGGUUAAGGUUAGGACUGGGAGAGGGGAUGCUGAUUCUAGAUUAUGUACCUAGGGAAAACUUCACCCCGGAGAAAGCCCUUCCUUCCUUCCCUUCCUUCCUUCCUUCCUUCCUUCCUUCCUUCCUUCCUUCCUUCCUUCCUUCCUUCCUUCCUUCCUUCCUUCUUUCCUUGCUUCCUUCUUUCCUUGCUUCCUUCCUUCUUUCCUUGCUUCCUUCUUUCCUUGCUUCCUUCUUUCCUUGCUUCCUUCUUUCCUUGCUUCCUUCUUUCCUUGCUUCCUUCUUUCCUUCCUUCCUUAUUUCCUUCUUUCCUUCCUUCCUUAUUUCCUUCUUUCCUUCCUUCCUUAUUUCCUUCCUUCUUUCCUUCCUUCCUUCCCCACUCCCUCCCUCACACUCUGCCUCAGUUGCACUUGCUUCCUGUGCAGCAAUGCAGCAAAUCUCUCCAGGUUUACAAAGAGGGGGAGAAAUGUAUUUCUGUCUUGUUAUUGUUUUUCUUCAGAAAAUGAAUAAAGUUAACAUAUUUUAUUAUACAGAACAAAAACAGUUUUUUUUCUUCACCUGAUGAAAAAAAUAAAGAAAAGAAAAUAAAGAAAAAAUGCUAUAA